UAGGUAGCUAACCUUGCAUGCUCCAUCUCAAACAAUGAGGAGGGAGUAAAGUUGGUACGGAUGGCCGCUUCCCAACUGGAAACACUUUGCCCUCAGGUGAUUAAUGCAGCCUUGGCCCUGGCUGCCAAGCCUAACAGCAAAGUGGCCCAGGAUAACAUGGAUUUGUUUAAGGACCAGUGGGAGAAACAGGUACGAGUGCUUACUGACGCAGUGGAUGACAUCACUUCCAUUGACGACUUCCUCUGCGUGUCUGAAAAUCACAUUCUGGAGGAUGUUAACAAGUGUGUCAUCGCUCUGCAAGAGAAGGAUGUCGAUGGCCUGGAUCGCACCGCUGGAGCCAUUCGAGGUAGAGCUGCCCGUGUGGUCCAUGUGGUCAUAUCUGAGAUGGACAACUAUGAACCUGGGGUCUACACAGAAAAGGUUCUGGAAGCCACCAAGCUUCUCACUGAUACAGUGAUGCCACGUUUCACUGAGCAGGUAGAGGCAGCCGUGGAGGCUCUCAGCACCAACCCAAGCCAGCCAGUGGAUGAGAACGAGUUCAUUGAUGCCUCGCGUCUAGUAUACGAUGGUGUGAGGGACAUCAGGAAGGCUGUGCUUAUGAUCAGGACCCCAGAGGAACUGGACGACUCUGACUUUGAGACGGAAGACUUUGAUUCUCGUAGCAGGACCAGCGUGCAGACAGAAGACGAUCAGCUCAUCGCCGGACAGAGCGCUCGGGCCAUCAUGGCUCAGCUAUCCCAGGAGCAGAAGGCGAAGAUUGCCGAGCAGGUGGCCAGUUUCCAGGAGGAGAAGAGCAAGCUGGACGCCGAGGUAUCCAAGUGGGAUGACAGCGGAAAUGACAUCAUCGUUUUGGCCAAGCAAAUGUGCAUGAUCAUGAUGGAGAUGACAGACUUCACCAGGGGUAAAGGACCACUCAAAAACACCUCUGAUGUGAUUAGUGCUGCGAAGAAGAUUGCUGAAGCCGGAUCAAGAAUGGACAAGCUGGGCCGCGCUAUUGCGGAUCAAUGUCCAGAUUCAGCUUGCAAGCAGGAUCUGUUGGCCUAUCUGCAGCGUAUAGCCCUGUACUGUCACCAGCUCAAUAUCUGCAGUAAAGUCAAAGCAGAGGUGCAGAAUCUGGGUGGAGAGCUCGUGGUGUCUGGGGUGGAUAGCGCUAUGUCUCUGAUUCAGGCGGCCAAGAAUCUGAUGAAUUCUGUGGUGUCCACCGUGAAGGCCUCUUACGUGGCCUCCACCAAGUACCAGAAGUCUCAAGGAAUGCAAAACCUCAACAUGCCCGCCAUCUCCUGGAGGAUGAAAGCUCCCGAGAAAAAGCCGCUGGUCAAACGCGAGAAGCAAGAUGACGGUCAGACCAACAAAGUGAAGCGGUCCUCUCAAAAGAAGCACAUCAACCCUGUGCAGGCCCUGAGCGAGUUCAAAGCAAUGGAUAGUAUUUAAACGGCCUUUACCGCAUUUCAGUAGAUUAUGCUUCAGAAGUAGAUUGAGCGUAGAUUGAACCUUAAAAUCAGUCAGACUUAGCGAGUACACAUUUAAACGCAUUCCUGUACCUUAGUCACCAAUAUGCCUUUUUCCAUAAGCAGUGGCUGAGUGCACUAAGGUCUAUAUAGCAAAAGUUAUAUUUUUACACACGAAUGCAUUAAUCUGCUCAAUCUUUACACAAGAUUUCUUCCUGAGGACAGGUAGGGGCAUACAUAAAAUUUUGGGCAUUCCCUCACAGUUUAUAUGCAUGUUUCCUUCUUUUCUAGAUGACUAUUGUGUAUUUUUAAAAACAUUUAAAUGUAUUUUACAAGAAGACUUUUAUAUAUUUCACACUAAGGGCUCUGAUAUUGCCCACUACUGUCUGAUUUUUGUUUUUCCUUCCAUUCUUCAUGCCUAUGCAAA